AUGUCGGUCCGUCAAUUCAAAGUACCAAAUUUGACCGAUAUGAAGACACUCAUUCACAGUACAUUCGGUAUCACCCCCUGUACUUGGCAACUUCAGUCAGCUUUGCAUCAGCUUGAGAAGAAGAAUGUCUUUACUAUUUCUCCAACUGGCUCAGGCAAAAUGUUCAUGUUCUGGAUCCCCCUUCUAUUCAACAACAAUGGAAUUAUCCUCAUAGUGACACCUCUGAAUAUUCUUGGCGAGAAAACUCAUAAUGAAGCAACAACGCUGGGCUUCCCGGCCUACAAUCUUUCUGCAGAAAAUGCUACUGAUGAAGCUUUCAAUGACAUUGCGAAACUCAAGUACCAAGUCAUUACUGUCAGCCCAGAGCGAGUACUUGGGGAUGCAUGGUUUAAGAAUCUGUGGAACUCCAAAAGAUUUACUGACGCUCUUUUCAAUGUUACAUUCGAUGAAGGUCAUUGUAUUAGUGAAUGGGGCAAAUAUUUUCGACCUUUGUAUAGUGAAUUGGGGAACCUUCGAUGGUUCCUUCCAGACCAUGUCUCUUUUCAUACGGCGUCAGCGACAAUGCCACCACACAUCCUUCAUGACAUCCAGUCAAAACUUCAUAUUCGAUCAUAUAAUACUACAAAGAUUAUGUGUUCUAAUGACCAUCCCAACAUUCACCUCAUGGUAGAGGAGAUGAAAUAUUCCCGCAGCUCCAUGCAUGAUCUUACCUGGAUAUUCUCUUUCAAUGGAACCACACCCCACGAAAAAUUCAUGCUGUUUACCAACUCGCGCGACAAAGCUGAGAGUGCUUGUCACUGCAUCCAUCUCGAUAUGCCACCGCAAUCACGAGAUAAGGUUGUUUGGUUUCACUCCAGCAUGUCUAUGGAUUUUCGUGUUGAUGUAAUGGAUAAGCUUUGUAGAGGGGACAUUUGA